AUUAACUUCGGAUACUGUGGACUUCCAAGUUAGGGUAAAGUCACCGAGAAACUCCGGGAACAAACACAAGCCAUGGCCAGCAGUCUCCAAACCAAACCCACUUUCCCAGAAAAUGCAGCAACCAAGGAAUAUGCAGCAUCUCUCGAUGCUGCAGAUCCUCUUAGAGCGUUUCGUGAUAAGUUCAUUAUCCCGUCCAAGGCCAAUAUAGCUUCCAAGAAGCUGGCAAAACCAGGUCUUUCACCUGAACCAUGUAUAUAUUUCUGUGGAAAUUCUCUUGGUAUCCAGCCAAAAGCCACGGUGAAGUAUAUAGAAGCCCAGCUCGACACGUGGUCGUCGAUUGGCGUUGCCGGUCACUUCACAGACCUUGAAGACUCUCCGCUUAGACAAUGGCAAUUGCUAUCGGAACAAGCAGCUGCUUCUAUGUCGAAGCUUGUUGGAGCAGCUCCAGAGGAGGUUGCGGCAAUGGGGACCUUAACGGCGAAUCUCCAUAUACUGCUUGCCAGCUUCUAUAAGCCGACUGCCACCAGACAUAAAAUCCUCAUGGACUGGAAGGCCUUCCCCAGCGAUCAUUACGCGAUUGAGUCUCAUAUCGCCUGGCACGGCUUCGAUCCCAAGCAAUCCAUGGUGCUUAUCGGCCCAGAUGAGGGAGACUAUGAGAUCUCCACACAGAAGAUCCUCUCCUAUAUUGAUCAGCAUGCCGAGGAUGCGGCACUAAUUCUUCUCCCUGGUAUCCAAUACUAUACUGGACAAUGGUUUGAUAUGCCGAAGAUCACAGAGCAUGCCCACUCCCGUAAUCUUGUUGUCGGGUGGGAUUUGGCUCAUGCGUAUGCUAAUGUCGAUGUGAAAUUGCAUGACUGGAAUGUGGACUUUGCAGCCUGGUGUACAUAUAAAUAUGGAAAUGCAGGCCCGGGGGCAAUUGGGGGAAUUUUUGUGCACGAAAGGCACGGCGUCGUGGAUUACAGUGAAGGAGAGGAUGCACCCAAAUUCCGACAUCGUUUGACUGGAUGGUACGCUGGAGAUCGGAGUGUGAGAUUCAAGAUGGACAAUAAGUUCAAGCCAAUUCCUGGAGCAGGCGGUUUUCAAUUAUCGAAUCCCUCAGCCAUUGAUCUGACUGCUCUCUGUGCAGCCCUGUCUGUGUUUGACGAGACAUCCAUCGCAGAGAUUCGCAAGAAAUCAGUCCUUAUCACAGCAUAUCUGGAGCAUUUGUUACUGAAAGAUACAUCUGACGAGACGCGACCAUUCCAGAUCAUCACUCCGUCCAAUCCAAACUUCCGCGGCGCUCAGCUGAGUCUCCUACUGAAACCCGGUUACCUGGGCAAGGUAUCCCAAAGGCUGCAGGAUGCAGCAAUUGUGUGCGACAAGCGGGAGCCAGAUGUCGUUCGUGUAGCGCCGGCACCCUUAUACAACACCUUCACUGAGGUUUUGAAUUUUGUGGAGGAGUUCAAGGCUGCUCUAGCAUCUUAACUUGGAGCAUCAUUUGCUUCCAUUUCCUUUCUCCCCUUUUCUCUUUUCAAGUUGAAUAUAUUCCACUAAACCGAAAGGCUUUUUGACUUCAAUUAAAUUAGCGAUUUCUUGCUUGUUUUGUCAGAAAUUCCCAAAGCUUUCUAGAUUAUUACAGCCUCGGAGAAAUUCUUGGCCUUGAGAGAAGAAGUUUGCAGCUAGAAUAGAGAAUUCAUCGCCCGACAGAUCCAACGGGCUCCGAGGAAUAAUCGACUCGAGUCCCGGUCCGGCAGAAAGAGAGGAAGAAAGGCCGUAGUCCUGUGAUGCUGAUUGUGACUGAUCCUGUUGUAAGCUUAGCCUGCUUGGCUCUGGG